AAUAUUCAGAAUGCUGUUUAAUCUGCUAUCUGAAGCUCUAAUAAUCUACAUUUACAUUGGAUUAUGCAUUGCAAAUGCAGACAACAGAACCUUUCCAUGCACAAUUGAAGAAAAUAACUCAUCAGUUGUUUUUGACUGUCAUGCACGACGGCUGAAAAACGUUCCAUCUCCCAUCACCUACUUGGCUAACUCUGUACAGCUGCUGCUGUCUGAAAAUUAUCUGCAGACUAUACCAAAUACUGCCUUUCGGAAAUGGCAUAAUUUAACAAAAUUAGAUUUAAGCUCAAAUUACAAACAGUACAAUACUAAUCCCUGUGAAGUAAGGCUAGUAAUUGGGGAUAAAACAUUCACCAACCUAACAACACUGAAACAGCUAAUAAUUGAUAACAAUAAUUUGCACAAAAUACCCACUGGACUGCCCAUUUCACUAUCUCAAUUAAGCUUACGGUAUAAUAAUAUUUCCUCGGUCAACAAAAAAAGUUUCUCACAAGUCAAACUCCUCAAGGAGCUGUACCUGGAUCAUAACUGUUACUAUGGUAAUAGCUGUCCGGGAGUUUUUGAGAUCCAAGAUGAACCAUUUUUUCAAUUACAAGAGUUAACCGUUUUGUCUUUGUCGUAUAACAACUUAGCCAAAGUUCCCCCAAAACUGCCAUCAUCCCUAAAAGAACUUUAUUUGAGCAGUAACAAAAUAAAUGUUAUUGACAGAGAAGAUUUCAUCAGUCUAACUAAUUUGGAAAUCCUACAUUUAAGUGGUAACUGCCCAAGAUGUUUCAAUUCUCGUUUCCCAUGCAAACCUUGUGUUGGACAAACUUCACUUAAAAUACAUCCUUACGCAUUUCAGAACCUUAAUAAAUUGUUGGAGCUUAACCUGGGAAAUGCCUCUCUGACGUCAGUAUCAAGUUUGUGGUUUCUAAACACAACUCGUCUAAAAGUGUUAAACCUUGCAAGGAACUAUUUGGUGAAGGAAAUGGCAUCAGCAGAUUUUUUAGUUCAUUUACCUUACCUUCAAAAACUGGAUUUAUCAUUCAAUUAUGAGAUAAGAAAGUAUUUCAAAUAUAUAAAUCUUUCAGAUAACUUUUCAAAAUUAUUAUCCCUCCAAGAGUUGCAUAUAGAAGGUUAUGUCUUUCAAGAAAUUACAAGUAAUAACAUUGCACCGCUAUCACAUAUAAGCACACUGAAUAUCAUUAAUUUUGGAGUAAAUUUUAUUAGGCAAGUUGAUUUGAAAGUGUUUCAGAAAUUCAAAAACUUAACACUGAUAUACUUGUCUGACAACAGAAUAUCCCCAUAUUCUGAGAGAGGUAAUCAAAGCAGAAGAUUUAAAAGAUCUACCAGUCAAAACAUUCAACGACGUUCCACCAAUGAUGAUGUUGUACAUACGGCAUCUUUUACAGAAACUGUUAACUGGUCUGGUCAAAUCAUUAAACCCUUGUGUAGUUUAUAUGGAAAAACUUUAGAUCUUAGUUCGAACAGCAUUUUCUAUAUAGCUCCAGAAGAAUUUAGUUCAUUAUCAGAUGUAGCAUGUGUGAAUUUGUCCCACAAUUACAUUGACCAAAAUUUAAAUGGGACAGAAUUUAUCUACUUAUCAAAUGUAACAUAUUUAGAUCUUUCAUAUAAUAAAUUAGAUUUUGACUCUUCUACUGCCUUUAAAGAAUUGCCAAAGCUAAAAGGUUUAGAUUUGAGUCACAACAGCAAAUAUUUUGUUGAGGCGGCCGUGACUCAUAAUUUACAAUUUAUUCAUAAUCUUCCCAGUCUAGAGGUGUUAAAUUUAAGCUGGAAUGGAAUCUCCACUUUAACAGAGUAUGAAAUGAACAGUAUCUCCCUAAAAGAGUUACGGUUUUCAGGGAACCGUUUGGAUGUGAUGUGGAGUAACUGGAACCAGCGUUAUUUAGAUAUUUUUAAGAACUUUACCAAUCUUAGUAUCCUCGAUUUAUCUAGAAAUAGGCUUGUAACACUUCCAGAGAAAAUAGUUGCCAACUUUCCGGCAAACCUAACUGAACUAUAUUUAAACCAUAAUAUAAUAUCAUUUUGGGAGUGGAAAACAUUGGAGUACAUUCAAUAUCUGGAGCUUCUUGACCUCAGCUAUAAUAGGUUGACAACGCUAUAUAAUGGCAUCUACAAGUAUACAUCAUCUUUGCAGAGACUUCUGCUCAGCAACAAUCUAAUUUCAAGCUUGCCAGACGGGUUUCUUUAUAAAGCUUACAGCCUUACUGCACUUGACUUGAGCUACAACCAUAUUCAGAACAUAAACAAAUCAGUAUUUUUAUUUGGGAAGUAUAACUAUCUAAAAGUACUGUGGGUGAAAGGAAAUCCAUUUGAUUGUACCUGCGAAAUUGUUGACUUUUUACAGUGGAUCAGAACAAAUAAUGUUACUAUUCCUCUAUUGGCCACUGAUGUCAGAUGUGCUGUUCCAGAUUAUAGAAAGGCAAAAAGCAUUAUAUACUUUGAUAUACAUGCAUGUAGUCUAGAUGCUACUUCUUUGAUGCUUUUCUUUAUGUCAUUUUCUGCUAUUGUUCUUAUAAUUAUAUUAUCAACUAUGAAACAUUUAUUUUACUGGGAUGUAUGGUAUGUAUACCAUUGGUGUAUGGCAAAGCUGAAACUUAACAAAGUCCGUAAUUCAGAAAAGCUAUAUGAUGCAUUUAUCACGUACGAUGAGACAGACCCAGCAGUGACUGACUGGGUUUUUAAUGAACUAUGUUAUCAGUUGGAGGUCAAAGGAGAAAAACACAUACUUCUCUGCUUAGAAGAAAGAGACUGGGAGCCGGGAAAAGCGGUUAUUGAUAAUAUUAUUGAAAGCAUUAACCAAAGCAAAAAAACAGUAUUUGUGCUAACUAAAAAAUAUGUGAAGAGUGGAAAGUUCAGAACAGCAUUUUACUUGGCGAUGCAAAAAUUGAUGGAUGAGAAUAUGGACGUGAUUGUCAUUGUACUAUUGCAGCCUGUUCUUCAGCAAUCUCAGUAUCUGAGACUCAGGAAAAAAAUAUGCUCAAGCUCAAUUUUGGAAUGGCCCAAAAAUCCUCAUGCAGAAGAUUUUUUCUGGCAAACAAUGAAAAAUGUUUUAGUGACAGAAAACAGCAGCAGGUACAAUAACUUGUACACAGCGUCUGUCGCAACUUAGUAAUAUGGCUGUAAAUAAAUUGUAAUUGUAUAUCACAUGGUGUCAGUCGCACUGACAUCAGAUCUGUAAAAUCCAUCCAUUAAUAAACUGAUUUAUCCAGCAAUAGGUGGAUUUACGGGAAAGGCAGACAACUGAGGAUCUAGGGUAGGUUCCAGAUGAUAUAUAUAUAUAUAUAUAUAUAUAUAUAUAUAUAUAUAUAUACAUACAUACACACAGUAUAUAUGUUUAC